AUGUCCAUGCACUUUGCCCCUCAAUGGGUCAAGCCCAUCAAGCCCACCGGAUCGGCUCUGACACCUACCACCGAAGCUCCGCCCCUCGCCCAGCAAAAGGUAGCCCCCAUCCCUUCCUCGCCCUUCCCGGCCCUUGGCCAGCCUCGCUCCGGUUCCCCGAACCACGGCGCCAGCGGCGGCCAAAACCAGCCGCUGUCAUAUUCGCGCGUCACGCACACUCCGGCAUCCCCGUCUUACGGUGGCGAGGGCUACUUCCCUUACGCUGGAGGAGACGCCCAGAAUGGCAACAGCGAUCCUUCGCCCUUCCCGUUCCGCUACAGCCGUGAGCAAAUCCUCGCCGUGUGGGACGAGGACAAGUUCAAGGAGCGGCCCAUCGAACUCAUGCAGAUCGGUGAGAACGGGGCCGUCAUCGUGAGCAAGGAGGUUACCAAACCCGUCGGUUUGCGUGAUUUGACCGAGCUGGAGAAGAAGCUUCUCUCCACCUCUGUCCACCCUCCCAUGCCUACGCGUCGCCCCCAGCAGCAGCACGGUCAGCAUCAAAACUCCGAUUCGCAGUCGCGCCGUGGCCCAAUGACUCCCAAGGACGGAUUGUCGCCCGUCCAGACGGGUCGCCCCGGUUUCGGUGGAUUUGGCCGCGGAGAGGGAGGAGCGUUCGGGGGCUCCAAGUACUCCGGCGCCCUCGCUGAAGGCCAUCAAGGUGGCCGUCAGCCCGGAGCCGUCGGUGGUGGAUUCUCUGGAGUUCCGAAGCGCCAGCCCCGCCGCGACAACACCGACGAGAGCUCUCGCUCCACCUGGCGCCAGGCUCGCAGCGGUGGAAGCGGGGGCUUUGAGGGCGUACUUGGUUUUGGCAAUUCGCCCACCACCCCGGCCUCUGCUCAGCCUGAUCAGCAGCUCGGCGGCGGCGAUCUCAGGCAGCAACAGGAGAACAAGCCUCAGCCUGAGGACGAUCGCUGGAGUCAGAAGAACUGGCGCCGCGCUCCCGAGCCUGACAAGCCUGCCGAGACUGAGCCUGCUCAGCCUCUCAGCGAGGUCAGCCAGGAGCCACCGUCAUCGGCCGUGCCCGAAAGCCGUACGCCUGUUCAAGAGCCCCGCGAGGAUCUUGGCGCCGUCAACUGGCUGUACCGCGACCCCAACGGUCAGGAGCAGGGUCCUUUCACCGGCAACCAGAUGCACGAGUGGUACUCGCACUCGUACUUCCACGACGACCUGCCGAUCCGUCGCCAGAACGAAACGUCGUUCCAGACCUUGGCCGAGCUCAAGACAGCGACCGGCAACGCCGUCCAGCCGUUCCUCUCUCCCGUUCGCCCCCGUCUUCCUCCCAACCUCCCUAUUCCGUCCCCUGCACUCCACCAGGCUGCCGCCCCUGGUGCUCCCUCUCCCGGCCUUAACGAUUCGUUCGGUCGCCUUCAUAUCCACCCCCUGUCCUCUCAGCCUACCUCUCCCUUCCAGCACACCGCCACCUCGCCCUACUACCAGCCUCAGUUCAACGCCGCGCCCUCUUACCCCCAGCAGCAAUGGAACGCCGCGCCCGGCCCUCGCAUGAACGGCAUGUACGGUUCUAUCGGCCCCGGAGGUGCCCAGGGCUACCCCGCGUACGGCGCCGUCAACCACCAGCGUCCCGACAUGUUCGCCGCCGCACCCAUUGGCCAGUCGCCUUGGGGCGCCCCUGCGCCUAACAACUGGCAGCAGCCCCAGCAGCAGCCUCAGAUGGCUCUCCGCAACGUCAUGGGCCACCACGACCAAGAGCAGGAGCAGCACAUGAUGCAGCAGCAGCAGCAGCCCCAGCACUACCAGCAGGAGUUCCAGCAGCCCCAGCAGGAGGAGGCGCCCGCCCAGGACUCGUACUUCCCCGAGCAGGAGCAGGCCGUCCCCGCUCCGGCUUCCGUUGACCUUGGUGCCGAGUCUGAGGCUGAGGCCGACUUUGUUGAGGGUGUUCUCGAGGGUCACCAGGAGGCUCUCAGCGAGCACGAGUUCGAGGAGCCGGUUGAGGAGCAGCACUACGAAGAGGAGGAGGAGGAGCCCGAGGCGCCCAUUGCUACCUCCAUCCCCAAGCAGUCCGCCUGGGCUACUCCCGCCAAGCCCGCCCCCGCCAGCCGCGAGUCUUCCAUCUCGGCCCCUACGCCUGCUCAGGCCGUCCCUUCGAAGCUUCCUCCCGCCCACGCCUCGCUUCCUCCCAAGCCCGUUGCCGCGGAGCCCGAGCCUGUCACCCCCGUCAAGCCUUCCACCCCGAAGCCUGCUCCUUGGGCCGCCAAGGCUCCCACUUCGACCGGCCCCUCGCUCCGCCCCCGCUGA